AUGUGGCUUCCGUCAGUGGUUCGUGUGCCACUAGGGUGGUGUUUCGGUAUUAGUAUUCUGCUCACUUCCGUAUUUGGAAAUUAUAUGAUUAGCUUAUUCCUUUUCCUCAUUCCUCUUGGGCACCACAAAGCAUGGAGGUUUAUGAUGGAUAGAGCUAUUAGUUUUUGGAUGACGAUUCCAAUGGGUUUUCUGGAAUUCAUUUUUGGUAUGACUGUACGUGUCUCAGGGGAUGAAAUAGAUGUUGAAGAGCCGGGCCUCAUUUUAAUGAAUCAUAGAACGAGACUUGAUUGGAUGUACAUAUGGUCUCUCUUAUACCAAAUGAAUCCAUGGCUCAUCACAACAAACAAAAUAUCCUUGAAAGCACAGCUCAAAAAACUGCCUGGAGCAGGGUUCGGUAUGGCAGCAAACCAAUUUGUAUUCCUAGAAAGAAAUAUAGAAGUUGACAAGGUUUCCUUUGAUAAGGCAAUCGAUUAUUAUACUGGUAUGGGUAACAAUUAUCAGAUCUUACUUUUCCCUGAAGGUACUGAUAAAUCUCCUUGGACAACAACUAAGAGUUUGGAAUAUUCAAAAAAGAAUGGCUUGAGACAGUUGCAGUAUCUUUUGUAUCCUCGAACUACCGGGUUUUAUCAUCUUCUAAGUAAGAUGCGUCAAAGUAACUACAUAACUUAUCUCUAUGACGUAACAGUAGCUUAUCCUCAUAACAUUGUACAAUCAGAGAUUGAUCUAGUCUUAAAAGGUUCUUGUCCACGUGAAGUUCAUUUCCAUGUUAAAAAAAUUGAUGUCCGUGAAGUACCCAAAGAUGAAGCUGGAGUAGGAAGGUGGCUCACAAGCUUAUGGAUUGAGAAAGAAGAACGACUCUGCAAGUACUAUGCUGAACCAAUACCUUCAAAACGAAUGUUUGAUAUUCACAAAGGACAACGUAUGUGGACAAAUAAAAGUGAAGGAUUUCGGAAAAGAUUAUUCAAGAUUGCUGCAUUAUUGUUUUGGUUUACUGUUGUCAGCAUUGUUGCCUAUCAUGUUUGCUUCAUCUGGACUCUUCAGUACGGAUUCACAUAUUUCUUCAUUGUCAGUUUCAUUUUAACAUACUAUUUUGGUGGAAUAGACACGUUUGUCUAUAACCAAUGGAGAUUUUCAGUGAAAGAUGCCAUCGUCUAG